GACGUACAUGUCACCAAAUGUUUUUUUUUUUUUUUUGAUCAAAAUGUCACCAAAAUUAUUUUCCACAUGCGCAUGACAUAAUAAUCCCAGUUAUCUAUUCUAUUAAAAGGGAAACAUUCUUAAUAAAUCUACUUAUAAAGGUUGUUUGGACCUAUUAAUUAGAAUUUAGUUAUACAUUAUUUAAUCUCUACACAUAGCAUAUCCUAAAUAAUAUAAGGGAAUAGUUAUAAUCUCCUGCAUUUUAGGAAAGAUCAGUUAAUUGCAAUAUUUACACAACUAUAUUUAUAAAUGAAAUCUUCUACGAUUGCCAAAAAAAACUAAUCAUAUAAAAUAAUUAUCUUCUGCAAUUCACGUUUAACUAAAAAUAAAAUAUUUAUUUUAAUAUUUUAAUCAACCAUUGUAUUCUAAUAUAUCACUAUUUCAGUCCCAAAGCCAUAAAUAGCAGUAUAACAUAUUUAUUAAUAAGAUCAUAUUCAAUGAUAUUUUAUAUAAAAAUAACCAUUAAAAAAAUAUUUUAUCACCCAACGUCAUGAUUGUUAUGUUGCAACAUCUAUACUAUUAAAGCAUGAUCCUAUUUUAAAAAUUUAGGAUUCUACCCUUGAAUUUUAAUCAUAUUUACAAAAUAAUAGAAAUAUCUCAUAUUUAUGGUAACAAAUAAAUUUUCUUUACAAACCAAAACAAAACCAUAAUGCUAAUUAACUAUUAGCACUUACUAUAGGUAAAACUUUAUCAUAUCCAUAGCAAAUUUUUUUCGACUAAAUUUUUUUUGAAUAAUUAGAUAUUUUUAAUCAUAUGAAAUAUACUUAAUUUUGCGGAUAAUAAAUAAAUUAAACUAAUAUAAUUUAUUUAUUAGAUACAAAUUAAUUGAAGUGUUUUUCGUAGUGUAUUUUCCUAAUAUGAGAAAUAAAAAAAUCAUAAACUUUCCAUUACAAUUUUUAUAGUUGAGUUUUAUAUGGUGGAACAAAUAUAUGCAUCUAAGUAAAUAAAUAAAUAAAUAAUAAUUAAAAGUUAAAAUCUGCAAAGAAUAAUAUUAAAAUAUGCAAUGUGAAAUAUCAUUCAUUUUUUCAACUUAUAUAAUAGUGUUUUUAUAUAAUUGGAACAAAUAUAUGCAUCUAAAUGAUCAAAUAAAAUAUUAUCAAUAAAAAAAAGAUGUGCAAAAAUAAUAUUAAAAUAUGUAAUGAGAAAAUAUCUUUAGUAUAUAAAUAUAAUUAUUUAGAAUAAAUUAAAAUUAAUACAAUAUUUUUCUAAACAAUUAACUUCUUUAAAAAUAAUUUCAUAAAUAUAAAUAUAAAUUUUAUAUAUAUCAUAUCUAAUAUCUAUGAUUAUAACAUAAACAAUCAGUAAAUUUUAAAUGUAUAUGGUUAUCAUAUAUAAAAACACAUAAUCUUAUAAUUUAAAAUAAAAUUUUAUAAUUAAAAAAUUUGUAGAAUUUUAAAAGAGAAUUAAUUCCGCGCUUUUUAAAGCGCGGGUCAAAAUCUAGUAACAUAUUAAUAUUGGAGGACUUGUACGUUGCUUCAGUAGAUUUUUUUAUUUUAUAAUUCAAAUUCAAACUAUUGGACCAAAUAGAUUUCAAUAGCACUAGAAGGAGAAGGAGAAAGUCAAUAAUAGCACCUUUUGAAGUUUAUGUCCCAAAAAUAGCACUAGAAGGAGAAAGUCACAAAAUAGGUUUCAUUAAAGGGGUAAUUUACCCUUAUACCCUUUGUUAUAAGAAUAAAAAAAAAACAUUUCAUUUCCUUCGAUCGCGAAUCGUGUCGUCUCCUCUCCGGAAUCUUCAAACCCUCACCGGCACUGUCGUCUCCAACUCGGGAAUCGUCGUCUCCGGCUCGGGAAUCAUCUUCUCCGACCCGGGAAUCGUCGUCUCCGGCUCGGGAAUCAUCUUCUCCGGCUCGCUAGUCAUCUUCUUCGGCUCGCUAAUCAUUUUCUUCGGCUCGCCAAUCAUCUUCUCCCGCUCGCUAAUCAUCUUCUCCGGCUCGCUAAUCAUCUUCUCCGGCUAUCUAAUCAUCAGCGUCACACUCUCUACUCUCAAAAUCGGACACAAAUCACUAUGUAGCUUUUUAAAAUUAGGGUUUUUGAAUUAAAAUUUGGGAAGCUUGCGUUUUGAUUUUGAUUUGUUUGUUACUCUUUCUUAUUAACCAGCGAAGCAAAUGAAAGACUUUUGAAUUGUGGGAACACAAAGUUGUUGGAGCAUAAUUCAUCUCUUUGAGGUAUGUUGCAGAUUCAACCUUCUGUGUGUUUGUACAAAUUUAUAAAAUAAAAGUUUGUUGUCUCUUGCUGCAUCUAUUGAAUGUUUUUAGAAGAUUUCCAGAAAGCAUUUGUUGCUGCAUCUAUUAAAUGUUGAAAAUUGAAACUCGGAUGGUAACACAUUUUGAAACUUUUUUGCUUGGAGUCUUGUUUUGAUUAGGAAUGUUGAUAUUUUUGAUAGGGUCUUGAAUUUGCUUAUGAAUCUUUUGUUGCUUGUGAAACUGUCUAGUGUUUAUAAGAAUUUCAGGAAGCAUUUGUUGUGUUAUUUCAGGAAAGCCUUCCAGAAAAGUUUGAAAUUUUUUUUUUCCUUGUUUACGCAUGAUAGAAACAAGAUGGGAGAUUCAGUACCUCUAAAACUAGCACUGCCAGAGCUGAAGUAUCCUAUUGGUUCACAGCCAAAGGAAAAGUCAGCAAUCAACCAAUACUCUGGUUCAGAUUAUAUCUCUAUUGUCAAAAGCAUCCUAAAACCAGAUGAGAUGAUAAGAGUCCGAGGAUCAUUUCUGGGACCUGUAAUGAAGCUCAGUGAGAGAGGAUUGAAGUUAUCAGCAAAGAUAGUCUACGCCAUUCUCACUAGAAGCAUCGUUUCUGUCAAGGAGAAUGAAGCCUGGUUCCAUUUCGGUGCGCAGCCAAUGAGGUUCUCUAUAAGAGAAUUUCAUAUGAUGACAGGCUUGAAAUGUAGUGGUGCAUUAGAAGGACCACGAAGGGAAACCGAGAGAUUUAAUUGGGAAUUGCUAAAGGGGCGUAGUCAUAAGUUAAGUGACGUGGUGGACCAGCUCAGAAACACAAGAGAAGAUGCUUCUGAGGAGAGAGUAUGCCUCGCAAUGCUCAUCCUGGUAGAGAGCAUAUUAUUGCGGAAGAGCAAAGGAGGGAGUUUUCCUUUGGAAUAUGCGAAAAAUGCACAGGAUAUGACAUAUCCAUGGGGAAAAGAGGCUUACAUUGUGCUCCUGAAGUCAAUUCAAAACGCUGUCGCGAAUCAUUUGGAGAAUAAAUCCAAAUUUGAGUUGCAAGGUUAUCCUCUAGUAUUCCUUCUUUGGAUACUAGAGUCGAUUCCUUUGCUAAGGGAUAUGUUCAGUAAGUGUGUACCAACAGUUGAGGUUCCUGGGCCGACUUACUUGUGUGAAAAAUACACUGAGGUAGAGAAUCCAUCACUUGAUAGGGUUUUACAGGUUGAAGCUGAUACAAAGCUGAAGGUCCAUUGCAUACUACCUUCUAUUCCUCAUGAUCCAGAAGAUGAUAUCUCCAUUGAAAACAAAUAUAGUGACGAGCUGGAAACAGUGAAAGAUGUAACAAAGAAAGGGUACAAGAUUACAGCCGAUGACUGGGAAAAUAGGUGUGUAGACACAUUUGACACAUUGGAUGCUCUUAUUCAAAUGAUGGCAAAUAAGGAGACUGGCCAAGCUUCUACUCCGAUUGAUGAGGAUUCAGUAAAUGAAAAAGUGAACAGGAUCAUCACGGUAAUGGAGGAGAAUCUGAAGAGCAUGAAGGAUCGAAUGUCAUUACUAGAAGAAGAAAACAUACAUCUUAGAGCUCGUGUGUGAGAGUUGGAAGGAAACAACAAUGUUUUUCCCACUAACGUGACACAAAAGGUAAAUUCUCAAAACAUGUUCUUUUACAUUUGCAUUUUCAAGUAUUUUUUUGAAGAUCUUGUACAUAUUCCUGAAUGCCUUCCUAAUAUUUGACAAACAGCGAUCCAGUGAGACACCUUUAUCUCCAAUGUCUCACACGCAACCAUCGAGUGAGACACCUUUAUCUCCAAUGUCUCAACAGCCUAAUUUGACACAUGAGGUAUGUAACCAAUAAAUAUUGUUGAGUUUUGAAGUAAUAUUUGGAAAGCUUUUGUACUUCUUGAAUGCAUUCCUGAUUUUUGCAGGAGACAAUGAUUGAAUCAGCUGCAUCUCCAAAGUCUCAACAAAAUGAGGUAUAUGCUCAAAAUUUUUUAAGAAAAAUAUUUGGAAAUUCUUGUACAAAAUCCUGAAUGCCUUCCUGAUUUUUGCAGGAUUACACGCAACAAUCGAGUGAGACGCCUUUAUCUCCAAUGUCUCAACAGCCUAAUUUGACACAUAAGGUAUGUAACCAAUAAAAUAUUGUUGAGUUUUGAAGUAAUAUUUGGAAGCUUUUGUACAUAUUCUUGAAUGCAUUCUUGAUUUUUGCAGGAGACAAUGAAUGAAUCAGAUGAUGAAACUCUUGCCCUUGAUACUCAAGUAUUCUCUCCUAAUCUGACAAAAGAGGUAUAUGCUCAAUGAUAUUGUUUUCACAGUUGGAGUUUACAAAUUAGUUUUGGGUGAUUUUUUUUUACAUAUAAAGGCUUUUCUGAUUUUUGACAGAAAGAAACAGAAACGUCUACCGAUGAGAGGCCAUCCAAUCCUAAUCAAGAUGGAAAACCAGAUGAUGAGGUAAUAUUUAUUCUAGAAAUUAUAGUUGAAUGUAUUCAUGAUGGCCAUUCCUGAUAUUUUUUUGCAGAUUGUGAGAGAGAAAUUAACAAGUGAGUCACCUGCUACUCAGAGUCAAGUUUUGCAGAAAGAAACAGUGGAAAUGAAUGAGACACCUUCUUCUCCAAUAGCUCCAAAGAGUAUUGAAACUCCCGUUUAUACUCCAAG